GCCAAGCGGUGGGGAUGGUUAUUGGGUCACGUUCACAAUAAGGGCAUCAUCCCCCGAUGGUCAGAAAAAUGUCGAUAAGGUGAAGAAGACCCGGGAACAUUGCCAGAAUUGCAAGGGCAUACAGGCAGACGUAUGUGAGGAAAUUAGGACAACCAAAGGGUUUCCCGAGGGUGCCAACUUGUGGUGGGGGUCCGGAGGGGAAGUGCCCCCCACCUGAGAGUGAGUCUUCAAAGAUAAAAAUAUAGACAGGAUUCCUCACUUGGGUAGCGACCGGCGUAUAGGCACCACAGGCAUCUAUAAGAGCAAUGGCUGACGUCAGUGAAAAGGACAUCGAAAGGGCAAACUUCGCCUUCAACAUCUACGACUUCGAUGGUGCUGGCAGCGUCGACGCCUUCUACCUGGGUCACUGCCUCAGGGCUCUUGGCCUCAACCCCACCCUUGCUCUCGUUGAGAAAUUGGGCGGCACCAAGAAGAAGGGAGAAAAAACCCUGACAGUUGAAGAGUUCCUCCCAAUCUUCUCCCAGGCCAGGAAGGACAAGGACACUGGUGUCUAUGAAGACUUUGUUGAAUGUAUGAAGCUCUAUGACAAAGCUGAAAACGGUUUGAUGGUUGGUGCUGAGCUUCACCACAUUCUCCUUUCUCUUGGUGAGAAACUGAAUGAUGCUGAAUGCAAUGAAGUCCUCAAGGACUGCCUGGACCCUGAAGAUGAAGAUGGAAUGAUCCCUUAUGUUCGUAAGUAUCUUAAAAUUAACCAGCAGCUAGAUGUGAACAAGUUAGAACUGAAUAAAGUGUAUAUUGCAUUCCUCAAGAAGAUGACUACCGUUGAAAAAUGGUGAAUUAAUUAAAUGUGAAAAUCCAAAAUAUAUUAAUUUACAGCAUAUAUGUUUUACUACAUUUCCAUUUUUGGCCAGGGUGUGCGAACAACCAGUGCCAAAGAGUAUUUCUCCCUUUUAAAUAUAAAAAUGUCUAUUAUAUGAACAUCAAAUAUGAACAAAUGGAUGCUUUUAUCAACAUCAAAAUAAGACCUGUUGAAUGGCUGAUGAUCUGCCUUAACACCAUGAAUAAAAGCAUACAGAAUA